AUGUCCGUGAAAGUUCAGUUAGAGAUAAACGGUAAAGAAAGACAAAUUGGUAAAGAAAGGAACGUUAUUCAUAGAGAUGACCUGGGAGAGCCGGUUUCUACCCCGUUGCCAAUGCCGUGCCGCGACUCGACGCAACGCGAUGCGACGAGGGGGGUGAAUAUGCUGUUCGUAAGAGCAACGAUCAAUCAAACGGACAAACACCAUGCGUGGGAAAUUGAACGAAAUAGGAUUUCUCCUGAUCCUUGCACAAUUUUCAUGCCAGAGCAAGUCUCGCCGGAUUAUUAUACUGCAGCCGUGGUAGAAUUUUCACCGACUUACGUUUGGGGUGAUGCCUUGAAAACUUUGACGAACAACACGAACGCGUACAUCAAGUACAUAGAAGAAGCAAGUAGGCAGAACGCUGACAUUAUCGUCUUCCCAGAGGAUGGGCUAACAUCGACCCAUUUACCCAGCAGAAAACGAAUGGAUGCCUGGACAACGGCGAUUCCUUCCCCCCUCGACGAAUACGUCCCUUGCACGGGAGACGAGGUCAACGUGAGUGAAACGUUAAAAAGAUUAUCGUGCGCUGCGAGAAGAAAUGGCAUCUACGUGGUGGUGAAUAUCGCGGAGAAAGAGCUUACAAUCAGGGACGACGAAUGCUCGUCGAAUGGCACGUGGCAUUAUUACAAUACCAACGUUGUGUUUGACCGGACGGGAAAAGUAAUCGCCAGGUAUCGCAAAGUGAAUCUCUAUGUGGAGCCACAAUUCGAUAAUACCGAGAUACCGGAAAUCGUAACGUUUGACACUGAUUUCGGCGAGAGAUUCGGCACCUUUAUAUGCUUCGACAUACUAUUUGCGGUGCCGGCCUUAAACUUGACGAGAAUAGAAGGAGUUUCAAACAUCGUAUACACGACCGCCUGGUUCUCGGAAACGCCAUUUCUAACCGCCCCGCAAACACAAUUCGGAUGGUCCUAUGCCGAGAAUGUGAAUCUUCUGGCAGCUGGAUAUCAUCGGCCGGAAGUCGGGAAUGCCGGAAGUGGUAUUUAUUUAGGUCGUAACGGAAUUGCCAACGUAUCCAUGACCCGCGAUCCCGAGUAUCGGCUUUUGAUCUCUCGAGUGCCAAAAACGAAAGUUUUGACGGAAUCACCGAACAAAGGAAAGACAGAUCAGAAAACGGAGGGGAAUGAAUCGCCAAAGAAAGUGGAUACACUCGAUUGGAUAACGUUAUUACGCGACAAUGUUACAACGUACAGGACUUCUUUGUUAAAGUACCAUAGGAAUGAGGUACAUCUGAUGUCUAAAGGUUUCCAUUGUCAAGUUGAGGCUGAAAUGGAGAUCGACGAUUCGUCUCCGAUUCGUUAUAACGCAGUGUAUUUUAACGAUGUUCGUUUGUACGGCACCCAAGUGCAAGCCGGUGUUCGUUUAUGUGGCCUGGUACAGUGUCUCGACAAUUCGGUCAAAUCUUGCGGUUUCGUUGCCCGAUCCAACACAACAUUUUCCAGUAUAAAGGUCACAGCAAUGUUCUUCAAUUACGAUUACCAAAAGAUUCUGGCAAUGCCCAGCGUACUCGACUAUUCGCUCCAUCCCUUCGACGAUUGGUCGUACGUUGAGAAUACGCGUGGAGCCGAAACGAACGUAACUAUUACAUUGAACAAACCGAUGAAAGAUCUUAUUGCUUUUGGUAUAUACAGCAGAUUCUUUGAUAGAGACAGGUGGAAUUAAUUGUAAUAUAUUCCACAUAUUCUUUUCGCGUUCGUGAUCGAUAAAUUUUUCAAUCAAUAAAAGAUCCAAAAAUACUAUGUGUAUGUAGCAAAUUCUUGAUAUUCGUUUCUCUGUUCCUUCCCUCUCGAUUCUUCUUCUCUUUUUUUUUAUGUUUUGGCGCUCAGUUAUUCCGAAAAACAAUCACAAAUCGUAACCUAGAUAAAAACAGAAUGUUCAAGUUGAGUAUGAAUGGGAAAUGGGAACGCAAGCAAAAAGCAAUCAUAAAUCGAGUACGCAUUAGUGAACAAUGACGAGUGGAAAGAAAUGUCAUCUUUCGUAUCGAUCCCUUUUCGAAUAUUCGUUGAAUGCGAGCCUGCGGACGUUCUCCGCGUGAAAUCGAUACGCGCAUACCGAUUUACCCAAAGUAAGCUUUCAAGAGUAUCGUCGGAAAUCACUUCGGAAUUCGAAUGUAUCGACCAGGCGGAGCUUUGACGAACGAACCGUAGCAAAUCAUGUGAUGUCUUUCGGUACGCUUUCCCAAAUACAAAAUUCCAUGGAAACAAAAUAAAAUGAAAUAUCUAAAAGAAGUCCUAGUCCUACUAUUGUGUAACUUGCGUAAUCGAAGAGGCGAUC